CAGACUGGGAUAGAUGUAUUGAAAGAAAAAGUGAAUCUGACGCAAACAUAUUGCUAGAAAGGGAUAUUUUACCAUCUAAACGUGAACUGAACAGGGCGUGGCAUGUAUUUGGAAGAAAUUCAAAAAUAAUUUCAUACAUUUGCACUAUGAUCUGCCAACGUGUAAGGAAGCUGAAAAAUGUUGUCGACGUAUUGCCGUCGUACAAAGAAGGCUAUGAAUCUAUUAUUUUUAUUGUUACUCUAAAAAAGAAUUCCACAUUUUCCGGAUUCGAAGAUUAUGAAUAUUGUAAAAGAUUUGAAAACGAAGUCAGUACUGAGGAAGAACUUGUUGCUGAAUACGAGACAAAAGAUGAAAUAAUGAGUCAGCUCGAUGAUAAGACUUUUGAAAAGCUUAGAAAAUGUAUAAACGAUAAUGCUGACAACCUUCUCAAAAGACAUAGUAAUAUUAAUGUAAUUUUGCCAAGCUUGGUUAAGUCCGUUGGAUACGAGACAGGCACACUUGACAUCAAACAAGUACCUUGUAUAGCUAUAUAUGUUGCAGUAAAAGGGUGUAUACCUCUAAACGAGACACCUUUUCCAAAAUAUAUUGAAGGUUUCCCAACAGAUGUAUUAGAGGGAGAAUUCGAACCAUUUGUGAAAGGACCAAACGAGUAUCAUAAACAUCUUAAGAAUGGUCUAGCAAUACAUGCUAAGGUUUUUAACGGAGAAGGUAUUUUAGGCGGUACUCUUGGAGGAUUUAUUGACCACCCAAUGCAUGGAUUAUGCGGAAUAACAUGUGCACACAUAAUUUAUAGUGCUGAUGAGCUGAUGGAAAUUAAAUUCAAAAAACAAUAUAAUUUGAGAAAGACGGUGUAUCAGCCUAUUGGUAAACGUUCAUCAAAGUUUGGUGAGGUUGUUCUAGCUGUUUAUGAUGAAGGAAGUCCUUCUACAUCAGGAAUGGAAGUUGCCCUCGUAAGCAUACUAAAAAGACAGCCGAAGAAUGGAAGCUUUCCAGACACCUUGAAGGAUUAUGAAGCAGGGUUCGAUGCAAGUAAUCCAUUAUGUUUCAGUUCUGGUGAAGUUUGUGAAACAAAUGAAAUAAAGCGAAGGACUGAAGUGUACAAGUUUGGCAUGAGUUCCGGGAUUACAAGAGGAAGCUUUGCCCUACAAGGCGCGGUAGUGCGUAAAAGUCAAAUGCAAGGACAUUGCCAUGGCUUUGGUUUUAGACUUAUGAAUCAAAUUGAAGUUCUUAAAAUAGGAGAGAACCCAUUUGCAGAGCCUGGAGAUUUCUGGCGCGUUAGUAUUGAUUGA